AUGACUUACCAGAAAAAAAAGCAACCCAAGAAAACCUGGUAUAAUUGGGGAGCACUAAAAUCGGAUGAAGACCUACAGAAGAGAUAUGCAGUAGAAGUCAAGAAUCGGUACUCUGCUUUAUGCGAGCAAACCGAUGAAAGUGAGGUUACGGAACUGUAUGGGCAUUUUGUUGAUGCGAUUGCUGAUACCAACAAAGCCAUACUGCCUAAGAGAGAAAAGAAGAGACGUGACGAUUUCGCGGGUGAUCAGCGAGUUCAAAACGUGCGUACAGCGUUGCAGCAAGCAGAGACUGUCUAUCACCGGGAUCCUAGUGAAGACAGUCGACUAUCUGUUAAGCUACUAAAAACUGAACUAGAUCAGGUGUACCAGGACAUCUUUGAAGAAGAUCUAGUUGCCAAGGUUAGAAGGGUCGAAAUGGCUGCAGACAGAUGUAAAAAUAAAGAAAGUUGGAAUGUCAUAAAUGAGAUUACUGGUAGGAAGGCCAAGGGGGCAACUCAAAUAAGGGGCAACGGAGCCGAAGAGAGGAAGGAAAAUUGGCUUAGGUAUUUCACGAAUCUGUCAGGGAGUACACCUGAUGUGGAAAACGAACAUCCUAGCAUCGAGACUCAAUUUGAAGGACUCAACAUCAGUACAGAACCUUUUACUCUAGAGGAGCUCAAAGCUGCUAAACUCAGGAUUAAAGAAGGUAAAGCACCAGGUGAUGACGGUAUACCACCUGAAGUGCUCAAAAGAUGCGACCUGGAUGAAAUCGUGUUGUCCUUCUGCAACAAAGCCCUGACAGAUGGUAUUGCGCCAGAUCAGUGGAGGAUAAGCAACAUCAUUCCAGUCCCCAAAAAGGGAGACUUGACAAACCCUGGGAACUGGAGGGGGAUAUCUUUGACUUUACUUGUAGCUAAGACUCUCAAUAGAAUGGUGCUUAAUAGGAUCCAGCCGGCUAUAGAAGGGGUACUUAGGGACACUUAG